AUGGUGCUUACACCUUCACUUACGUGUGAAAGACGCGCUAGAAGGACAGCAACAAAACGCAUCCUAGGAACUCUCGGAGAGCCGCCCCGCGCAGGCCCGUGCGCUCCCUCCUGCGCCGGAGCCGCUCCGCGGGAGAGGCACAGCCCACCCAGCCCUCCGCAGCCGCGGGCGCGCACACGCCGGGACGGCGCCUUCCAGCCGCGCGCGGGGCGGCCGCCAUCGCGCGUUACCUGCGCCGCCGCCUCCCCGCGGCCGGAGCGGGCCGGGCGCCUCCGGGCCUCCUCGGCUCCGCAAAAUGGCGGCAGGAAGGGCCGGGCCGGGGACGUGCGAGCGGAGCCACCGCGGCAUCUCCCGACCGGGGGCACCGCCGGCAGCCCCGACCCGAGCCCGCAGGCAGCAGGCGGCCCGCCGGGCGCGGCUUCGGUGCCUUCGUCCUCCGAAGGGAGGCGUGCAUGCGUAAACUCGGCUGCUCUAAUUUACAGUGGCUGCAGUUACUCGAAGCUGCUUUGUGAGGGGAAACAUACCACAGAUUCCUCUUGCCAGUGUGCAUUCCACCUGACAAGGUUCUUUUUGAUGAUGGAUAAACAAGCAACUGCUAAAUUAUCCACUGCUUUUUCUUCGGGUGCUGUCAGAGGACACAGGAAGAGGGACAGAGCGUUACAAACUGCAAAACUGAACGCUUCUUUGGCAUCUAAAAUCAAAUCUAAAUUAAUAAAUAAUUCAUCAAUGUUGAAAGUAUCUUUAAAACAAAAUAAUAAAGCAUUAGCUCUGGCUUUGAGCGUGGAGAAAGAAAGUUCUCGGAAGCUGAAGAAUGAGAGGAUUUUUCUUCAGAAAGAAGUCGAAAAGCUGCAGCUUCAUAAUAUCCUGCUUCGUCAAAAACUAAGCUGUUUGAAUAAAACUCUUAGAGAAAUAGGAGCGUUUUUGAGUGAUAACCUGUUAAAUGCAAUAGAAAUAAGCAGUCUUUCUGAGAAUCUUCAGAGUUCUUUUCAUCUGUCAGACAGUCCACAUAGCUGUACUGAUGACCAGGUGAAGAGUAUGUGUCAGUCAGCAAGAUCUGUAGAAUUGCCGGUGAAACUUCCUUUACUUGCAACAUCUGCUGGAAAACAGCAAGAAAAUCAGUCUCGCACAGAACUAAGCAGUAAUAGCGCGUUCCUAGCUCACGUCAAUAAUGUACAACCUCUAAGACAGUCUGAGGAGUUCACAAGACAAGAUGAUAGUUCAUUGCCAUUCUGUGGGAAUGUGACUGAAAGAAAGAAAUGUGCAACACAUUAUGGGUCAAAAAUACAACUUACUGUAAAGGAUUCUGGUAGAAAAUGUAGCUCAAAUCUUCCUCCUCAUGGUAGCAGCAGCAAUGAGGUGAAUGUGAAGGAAAGUCCAAGUGAUUUGCUUCGCAUUAUUCCUUCACAACUUGAUUUUAGCAGUGAAUGUAAGGAGAUGCUUCCUAUUGAUGGGAUAAAAUCUGAAGAAACUGUUUAUGAUGCUGAUAUGGAGUUGACGGCCAGCGAUGAAGGUGAACUGCUCACAGUUGCAUCAAAAGACAAAUUACAUAAAAAUAAUAAUGCCAAUUCUGGUAAAGUACUGGCAAAUUUCAGAAAAGUAAAAUAUUCUAAAAGUGAGAAAGAGAAAAUUAAAAACAAGACUGAAGUCAAUUCAAAUUUUUAUGCAGAAGAAAACCAUGUUAGGGCUGACAGUAACAUUUCAAAUAUGACUGACCCACAAACUCAGCUAUUCCAAAGUCAGACAGAACAGCUACCUACACAGAAUUCUACAGUGAAACAGAAUUUACUGAAUACCAAUAGCUGUAAUCAAAACCAAAAUUGUCUAAGUAAGGAUAAAGAUACUAGAAGAACAUACCUAGUUAGCUUAGUGCAUCAAAAACAAGAAUCAAAUAAAGAAAAUUCCUCAGAAACAUUGGAAGAUGUGGAAAACAAAAUAAUAAAAGCAUCAUCAAGCUUAUCUAGUAGUGAGAUUCCACCUCAAGUUUGCUGUGCUGAAAGCUUGGCGUUCCAGGAUAACAGCUCUACUGUACCACCUUUACAGCAGGACUUUCCGCAUGAAAACAAGAACAGUGUCAGACUGCUAAGAAAUGGGAAGACCUUUCAAAACCCUUCAAAAAUGGAUACAGCUGAACACUGUAAAGUUGAUAAUGGGAAGUAUGAAGAAUAUGGUUCAAAAAAGUCUCAAACAGACAGGUGCAAAUGUGACAGCAAGAGAAAACAAUACCAGAAGAAUAUUAUAAAGAGCAAAUGCAACAAAGAAGGUGGUUACAGACAAAGAGAAACUGAAAAUGACAGUGUUAAUAAUAUUAUUCUAAAAGUAGAUCAGAAGAGUGGUAAUUUUUCACCAAGCAGAUUAAAACACACGUUGGCAAAGGCUGCACAUAAAGCAUAUGUAGUACCAACUAAAGAUCUUACUACGUUCUCGCUUUGCAGAAGGAAAGAAUUAGAAAAUAAGAAUGCAUUGUGCACACAGGCUGUUCAUGGAAAUAAAAUACCUGAAACCCAGCAAUCUCAAGGAGCUUUAGUUGCUCAGAAUGGCAUGGCAAUGAAUAUACCACAAGCUAAAGCCUCCACGGGAAAUGUUGACAGCAAUGCUGAUAAGUUAAAGAGAGCAGGUUCCUCAUCAGCAGCAUGUGAAGAAUCUAACAUUAGUAAUUCUUGUGACAAUCAAGUGAAAGAAAAAGGGAGCCUUAGUUCUGGUAUCAUGGAGAGCAGACAAAAAAAGAAUUAUUUCAGGCAUAUUGAUCAGGGACAGCUGACUUUUUUGGAUAACCAGGAAGUCUCUCAUGAGAUGGAUUCCUUUAUGAACAAGUUAAAACCCACAGUGCAAAAAUUAGAAAUUUUAGAAUCCUUACCUGUUGAUUGUUCUGAGAAUAUAACAGUCAGUACAGGUAGCUUUUUCCAUAAAGAUUUUUCUGAAAUGAAGCCCACAGCUCUUGAUAAUCUUAAUGCUUCCACAAACUCUAUACUGAAAAAUUCAGAAAUUUCAGGAAAAACCGGUCAAGAUAAAGCACUGGUUUCUGGAAAAGCAAAGCAAAAAUCAGAUCGUAUUUCUAAAGAGAUUUCUGAAAAAACUUUGACACACUGUAAUGGGAAAACAGCUUUGCAAGAUGUGACAAAUACUACUGAGUUUUCUCACACUUCCUUACCCAAAUCCUCCCAGAUUUUAGAAGAAGACUCAGCAGAACCAGUGAGACGAGGAAGAGCUGCUAUUUGCUACAAAGAACCCCCACUAAACCGAAAAUUAAGACGUGGGGAUCAGUUUACAGAUACACAGUUCCUGCAUUCCCCAGUCUAUAAAGUAAAAAAGAAAAGAAGCUUUAAAAGUAAAUCAAAAUUUAUUUGAAGAAGACAAGAGAAUUGCCUUUAUGAACAGCACUUCUGAAAUGGUACUUUUUUUUUUUUUCCAAAAAACUAUAGUUUAGUAGUAUAGGAUGCUUACUGUUCUUCAAUAGAUAAACAGAAAACAAAGGCUGCAAAACGGAAUUUCUCGGAAAAGACCCACAGCACAAAGGACGUAGAACUCUUCACCAAAGAAAGCAAAUUCAGGUUAGAAUCCAGUCUCAUGUUCUGAAUUUUUGCUCAGUAAUUUAUAAUCUUUUCAAAGUAUUUGCGGCACUUAUUAAUUUGUAAGAAAAGUGUAAGUUUUAAUGAGAAUUAAAAACAAUCACGUUUGGGAAUUACUGUGAUUUCUUUGUAUAUACUGUGAGCAGAGUAAUUUAUCAGUGCUAGCUGGAGCAGAUAUAAGCAUCCUAAAUACAGGUGCAGAGAGCCUUGGGUGUGGUUGUUUUUUCUUUGGUUUGUUUUGGUUGUUUUUUUGUUUGUUUGCUGUUGCUAUUUGUUGAAACAAAUAGCAACAAAUAUUGCUAUUGUUGCUAUAGCAAUAUUAUAGCAAUAUAUGAGGAGAUCUCAUUUUUAGGAAUUGUUGAAAGAAACCCAGUAUCAUGCAUAUGGCUCAUAGGCAAUGCUCGUAGCAAUGCUUUGAGUUUCCAGUUGAGACUGUGCUACUGUGACAAAUACUACAACCAUGCCAUAGCACUCAGCUAUCAGUUUUUAGACCAUUUCCCCUCUGUACCCUCAUCAGUCACUUCUGCAUUCUGUUGUGCCUUGUCAUGAGACAAACAACUUUUGGGUGAUAUCUAAGUUCUAAAUGCUGCCAGCUGCAAACUGUAGCUCACAACCCCCAUAACCUCUAUGGAUUAUUUUGGAUAGGGUUCAGAUUUGUUUUGGAACCAAGAUCAUUUUAUCUCAUUUUUAAUGAGACACAAAUAAAGUGAUUCUUAACACAGUAUUAAUCAGACAAAUUAAUGGAAAAAAAAAUCCAUGAGGAAUUACUGGAAAUGCUGUUUUUAAGGUUAUUCACUCUUGAAAGCCUUCACAGACUGAGCAGUUUUACAGUAAGCUAGACCUUUGAUCUCAUCUGGUAACUCUUGUAUUUAUAAAGUUUAAAAAACAAAGAAAAAUCAGUACUCUUUGUACUUCAUUGUAGCUUUUCUAGCAUUGUAACCUGGGUAAGUGAGAAAAUCCUGGUUUCUGUAUAUUUGAAAGACAAAGUGUUUGAGAAUAGUCAGCAUGGAUUUAUGAAGGGAAGAUCAUACCUGAUUGAGCUGAUAACCUUCUGCAAUGUGACCAUUAGCGUAGUGAGUGAGGGGACAGCAGUGAAUGUUUUUUUACCUCUACUUCAGUAAGGUUCUUGGCAGGAUUCUCAGCAGUCUUUUUCUUUCUGGAGUGCACUUUGCAUGUCGCUACACUGGUAAAAUCAUUAUGAAGAGGUGAGGUAAUGGAUGGAAACAUCAAUUCUAUCUUGAUCCAAUACUAUUAAAAAAAAAAAACUACAUACACUGCUAUACGCUUCUUCACGUAUCAACAUCGCUAGCUGCAUCAUUAGAAAUCCAAAAGCAGCAUCUGUUACAACUUGUAUUCCCCAUACUGGCACUGCAGCAGUGAAACACAGUAAUUUCAUUUGUUUGUCCUAAAUGGCUAUUUCUCUCUAUUGCCUAUGGUUUGAAAACUAAAAACAGAAGUCGAGGUUUCUUUUCUUGGGGGGGAAAAAAAAGGAUCUUUUGGAGAUAGUCUUAGUUAUUUUUUCAGUGAUGUUCCUGCUGUUCAACACUGCCUCUGUUACUACCAGUUAGGCUGCUGUUGUGUUUCAGGCAGUUUUAAAUCAAGCUGUAAAACCUGGGCUUUAUGCCUUACCUUCUUCAAUUUGCAUUAAGUAUAGAUAUCUUUCAGAGUAUGAAAGGAUAAAGAAUGUGACCUGAGAGAGGGGAGAAGUUACUUUAUGUACCUCUGAAAUCACAUCACUGUUAUUACAGCACAUGUUCCAUUGUUAUCCAUCCUUACUUUUGUUGCUCAAGCUGCUCAAGUUGAUGCUACACACAGAGAUAACAUUUACUUUUAAUAUCUAAGGUCUACUUAUUUUGUUUAUUGUAUAAAAUGGCCACUUGAAGCACUGCAUAAGAAAUGCUGGAACACUUGCUUAGUGCUGAAUCUUCACUAAGUGUGGUUUGUUCACCAGAUCCACUAGUACACUGGAAGCUCUCGCAAGGAAAAACUGAUGUAAAAACAGCUCAGAAUGUUCCAGAUAAAAUUGCAUCUGCGGCCGUCACAGGGAUUAAGAUUUAU